UGUUAAUUGUUUCUCUUAUAAUUAUUAUGUUUUCGUGCGGACAAAAAUUAAGAGAAACAUCAAAGCAUGUCAAGAAGAUUAAAUGAUCUUACAUAAUAAAACUAUAAUGCUAGGAUGUUUAAUAGCGCUAUUAAAAUACUUUGUACAAUUUAUAUAGAUAGCGAUCGUUACAUUAAGUGUCGAGACUGACGAUAUUUUUGCAAAAUGCAUUGCGUACGUAGGAUCCUAAAUACCGCCCAGCGAAAUCUGCGAGUGUGUAACAACGCUGAUACAGUCUACAGGAGCUCGGGAAUACAAAAUGUUGUUCGUCGUUCGAAUCACGAUUCCGAGGAGUACGUAUCCACGGAGGAUGAGAAGGAGCAGCAGACCUAUGUCCAGAUCGCCAAUCGUUACUUAGGCGUCGCGCUCGACGGACACAGGACAUUUGUUUUGCAGCCGUAUAUAAAAUGGGGCAGGGACAAGAAGAGGAACACCUCGCCAGAACUGCAAAUGGCCGAGGCUGUGGCGCUAAUAAGGACCUUACCCAACUGGUGCGUGGUCGGGACGAAGUAUGCCCCGUUACUCACUUUACAGAGGAAGCAGUUGCUGGGUAGCGGCUCGCUGAACGAUCUGAAGAACGAGUUAAGCAAAUGCCACCCCACCGCCGUGUUCGUCAGCACCAAUCUGCUGAAAUUCGUCCAAAUCACCGAGCUGGAGAAGAUCUUCGGCAUACCGGUCUACGACCGUUACUCCAUAGUCAUCCACAUAUUCCGCGCGCACGCGAAGACCGCGGAGGCAAAAUUGCAGGUAGCCCUAGCGGAGUUACCGUACAUCCGAAAGAAGAUAUUCGAAACGUGCGUUACUCAUAGCGGCGCGAUUAACGUGACGGAAGACACCAAACUGUUGCUCGACGGCAAAGAGAAGAGACUGAAGAACGAACUGAAGAAGCUGCAGCAGCAUCGACGAAUUAUCAGGAGCCAGCGUAAGAAGCACGGCUUUCCCACGGUCGCUGUGGUCGGUUACACGAACGCAGGGAAAACCUGCUUGAUAAAAGCGCUCACGGACGACAGUUCUUUACAACCUAGGGAUGAAUUAUUUGCAACCCUUGAUACGACCACGCAUCAAGGCAUUUUGCCCAACAGAUUAAAAAUCUUGUACAUAGAUACUAUUGGAUUCAUUCAAGACGUGCCGGAAACUCUGAUUGAACCGUUUGUUGUGACUCUAGAAGAUGCCAUAAUCGCUGAUGUCGUAGUUCAUAUAUAUGAUGUCAGUCAUCCUGAUUUGAAGGCGCAAUAUCAGCACGUCCAGAAAACGAUAAAACCAAUGUUGGACGAUCGUCCAAUAAUUGACGUGGCCAAUAAAUGCGAUCUUGUUCAAAGCGACUGCAUACCCAAGGAUGCGAUUGCCGUCUCCGCUAAGACUCUGAUUGGAAUCGAUUUGUUGCGCUUGAAGAUACAGGAGGUCCUUUUAGCCACCACGGGACUGUUGAGCAUACGCGCGAGGGUAAAAUCGGGCAGUGCUGCGGCCGCCUGGUUGUACAAGAUGACGACAGUGACAAACGCUCAAGCAGAUCCGGACGAUGCUCAGUAUUUAAUUCUGGAAGUUCUUAUUACUUCGGUUGAGAUUCAGAAGUUCAAAAAUUUUUUAAAACAAUAAAAAGUUUAUUGAAGUUUAUACAAAGUU